UUUAGUCAACUGCGGCAAUGUCGGCAUGACACGGUCGUGAUACGCUGUUCAGUGGUUGGAGGCUGCUUCAGCGAAUGCCCGUCAUCGUGCGUAGCGUUUACCCAAUACAAAACUUCCACGAAGACAAAAUGAACGUGGGGCAGACUUCCGGGAAACAAGGCCGGGCGCACUGCGAUGAAACUGACACAGCUAAGCCUUCACGAGGGCGGACAAUCACGCCGAAAAAGUCGCGGUCUGCGGACGUCGCCGGCCCCGACGGUCCGUUCAGCUGGUUUAUCGCCGCGCUCUCCUUCCUCGUGAGUCUCUUCUAUUCUUCGUUCUACCGUUGCUCCGGUCUUUUCUUCACCUCGAUCAUGACAACAUUCGGUACCACGAGAGAAGAAGCCUCACUCCCACUUGCAAUCUACGCUGGAUUCUCCUGCCUCGCUAGUCUCCCAGCUGGACCCCUAAUACACUCCUAUGGUCUGCGAGUUACAACGGUGCUCGGGGGUAUUCUGAUUUCCCUUGGCUGCAUUGUAUCGUUAUUUGCAUCAGGCACGUCGUUUCUGGUGGUAUCUAUAGGAGUACUUGCAGGAUCAGGACAUGGAGUCUUACAGUCAUGCCUCAUCGUGCUCAUCAACCAUUACUUCGAGAAGAAAGUUGGGGCUGCGCUUGGCGUGAACAAUGCUGGCUCUGCGACGGCGUCCCUGCUAUUCACAAAUAUUUUCCAACUGUGUCUUGCCGAAUACGGCCUAAAGCUUACGCUUGCCUACGCUGGUGCCUUGAUGUUAAACAUUCCUGUCAUAGCCAUAUUUUUUCGCUAUCCACCCUGGAGAAUAAGGCCCAAACCAAAAUAUGCACGACAACGUGGCCCCAAAAGUAAAGAUGACGGCGAAUGUAAGAUUGUGUCGCUUAAAGCUUACAGAAUAACCGUACAUCAGACCGGUGUCAACGUAACAAGUACGCCCGUCGAGACCAGCUUGCCCGAUUCUGCUGAAAGCGCUGUACCUCAGAGAAAAGAAAAAACGCAUUAUUCAUCAGUCGCCAAUGCCUCUAUAGUAAUGAGCAUAGAAAACGUCGACAGAGCCCUUGCAUGCCCUUUACAAAAGGCGCCCUCGCAUCGAGACAAAAAAUGUGUGCCAGGAGAAAGCACGGACACCACCUACACGGCGAGUACGACACAAGCAACAAGUGCAGCCCAUCCUCGUGAUGAUCAACACGCGACCCAUCCUUGCAGAGCACCACAAUGCCAGGUCAAUAGUAAAACACAUUCAAUAAGGCUAGGUGUCUCACGCGAGUACAUGGCGUGUGGCCUGAAGGCUGAGCACAAUAGCAGAAAAGGAAGUACCACAGCAACCUCAGCUGACCUUUCGACUGGCACUGAGUGUCUCGGUCUCUACGAUUCAGCUCGAGAUAUCGAAGGAUACGGCUCCACAGGAGAAAUUGUUGCAGACCACCCAUCGAAUAAAUGCGAUAUGUACAAAACUGGAACAGUUCCUGUCAGCCCGUCCUCCCAACCUGAUGUUACACCUUCGCCUUUAGAAACUGAUCAAGAAACUCUGCCGUCAAUUCUCAGCUCUGCUAGGACAGUGCUAUCCCUCCCGUGCUUUUACACCGAUGUGGUGGGGUACUUCACAAUAUACUUCUUUUUCGACACCCUCAUGGCUAUUGUCGUAGACUUGGCAACCGACAGAGGAAUUAGUGAGGACAAUGCCAGUCAUAUACUACAAAUGUUCUCGGUUGCCGACAUUGCAGGCCGCGUACUAGUUCCGCUGCUUGCUGAUUACAAAAUUGUAGGACGUCUAAGCCUGAUGACUCUUUCGUUCUUGCUGACAGCUAUUAUCUGGACGGCUCUGCCUGCAAUCCACAUGCGUGUCGUGUACGCAGCGUUAGUUAUAGCUGUUGGUCUUCCCAUGGGAUAUUUAAUGGUCUCUGUGCCACAGACUAUUGCUGCAGAUGUGGGACUUGACCACCUUCCGAUCGCCUACGGCUUCGCAGCCGGUGCUAGCACCGUGGGAGCGUUCAUGACGCCUUCAAUAAUCGGCGUCUUUCGAGACAUCAAAGGCUCCUACGAUGGCCUCCUUUACCUUAUGGGCGCAAUGGCAUUCAUUUCUUUCAUAAUCUGGAUUUUCCUCUGCAUAACAAACAAAGAAGCCUGGCCUAAGUUCCCAUGUUCACAUUUCAAGAGAAAUAAAAUUUGAACGGCCGGCUCCUCUUUCAAUUUGUUAGUCUACGAAAAGUAGCUCUAACAAGCGGAGUCAGUCAUCACGUAUAUUUACCGCUUCUGUGGUUGAUACCAAUGUAUAAACG